AGAUUCAAGUGGCCUCGUACAAGAUGCUGGGAUCGUUAUAUGCCCUGGGAACAGAUGCUACUCUCACCCACGACCGCAAGUACCUCAAGACUGAAAUCGAGAGGAACAAGCCUGCUCUGGGCUCCUGCUUAGGAGCGUUUAGCUCGACGUUCCCCGUCGCGUUCUUGGAGCCGCAUCUCAACAAGCACAACCAGUUUUCGCUACUCAACCGCAUCGCCGACCACUCGCUGGAAGCUCAAGACAUCAUGGCCAAAAUGGAGCAAUCCAUGCCCACAUUAGAGACAAUCCUAAGCGAGGUGGACCAGUUCGUGGAGUCAGACAAGACCUACAACGAGGCUCCCCACAUUAUAGACGUGGUGUUGCCAUUACUGUGCUCGUAUCUACCAUUUUGGUGGGCGCAGGGACCGGACAACGUCACCCCUACUGGCGGAAACCACGUCACAAUGGUGACAGCAGAACAUAUGAACCAACUGCUCAAGAACGUUCUGAAACUCAUCAAGAAGAACAUUGGCAACGAGAGCGCUCCAUGGAUGACUCGUAUUGCGACGUAUACCCAGCAGAUCAUCAUCAACAGUUCUGAGGAGUUGUUGAGGGAUUCCUUCCUGCCUCUCGCUGAAAGAGUCAGGAAGCGGACCGAUACUAUGUUCCAUAAGGAGGAGAGCUUGCGAGGGUUCAUCAAGGUAAGAAGACUGCCUCUAUGGUCUAGUAAGGCUGAAGAAUUAUACAACCACGUAGCAGAAAUAUUUAACAUCUGGUCGAAAUCGCAAUACUUCCUCAAGGAGGAGCAGAACUUCAUUUCUGCCAACGAAAUCGACAACAUGGUGCUGAUUAUGCCCACAGCGACUAGACGGGUGACAACAGUUGUCGAGGGCGCGCCGCAAGGUGGCGGUAAAAAGAAGAAGAAACAUCGUGACAAGAAGAGGGACAAGGAUAAGGAAGUGCAAGCGUCUCUCAUGGUGGCGUGUCUGAAGAGACUACUGCCAGUCGGACUGAAUCUCUUCGCUGGCAGGGAGCAGGAGUUGGUCCAGCACUGCAAGGACAGGUUCUUGAAGAAAAUGACUGAGCAAGACGUAGCCGAGUUCGCCAAGACCCAACUGACAUUGCCAGACAAGAUCGACCCAGCGGACGAGAUGUCCUGGCAACACUACCUGUACAGCAAGCUAGGGUCUAAGAGCAAAGCUAACAUCACAGCAGACACCGCUGAGAACAAAGCCAAGAUCAUCGAUGAUACCGUGGAAAGGAUAGUGGCCAUGAGCAAAGUGCUCUUUGGACUGCAUAUGAUUGACCACCCUCAACAAAUGAGUAAAAACGUCUACCGAUCGGUCGUGUCGAUACAACGCAAGCGCGCUGUCAUAGCUUGCUUCAGGCAGCUGUCUCUCCACUCGUUGACCAGGCAUAGAGCGUGUAACAUCUUUGCGCGGACGUACUACGAGCUUUGGUUGGAAGAAGAAAAUGUUGGUCAAGAAGUUAUGAUCGAGGAUCUUACACAAUCAUUCGAAGACGCGGAGUUGAAGAAAAGCGACGUGGUAGAAGAGGAAGGCAAGCCUGACCCUCUGACUCAGCUGGUUACCACAUUCUGCAGGGGAGCCAUGACGGAACGGUCCGGCGCUUUACAGGAGGAUCUCCUCUACAUGUCGUAUGCCAAUAUAAUAGCCAAAUCGUGUGGAGAAGAAGAGGAAGAAGGCGGUGGCGAGGAAGAAGAAAGUGGCGGCGAGGCCGAGGGCGAGGAAGAAGGCCGCGCCAGUAUACACGAGCAAGAAAUGGAAAAACAGAAGCUACUGUUCCAUCAAGCCAGGCUAGCGGACAGAGGCGUGGCGGAGAUGGUUCUCCUACAUAUCUCCGCUUCCAAAGGCGUGCCAAGUGAGAUGGUCAUGAAGACGUUGGAACUUGGCAUCUCUAUCCUGAGAGGAGGCAACAUUGACAUUCAGAUGGGCAUGUUGAAUCAUCUCAAGGACAAAAAGGACGUCGGCUUCUUCACGUCCAUCGCUGGUCUCAUGAACUCCUGUUCAGUGCUCGACCUGGAUGCCUUCGAGAGGAACACCAAAGCUGAAGGCCUGGGCGUGGGACUAGAAGGAGCGGCAGGCGAGAAGAACAUGCAUGAUGCGGAAUUCACAUGUGCCCUGUUCAGAUUUAUACAGCUGACUUGUGAGGGACACAACUUGGAAUGGCAGAACUACCUCAGAACGCAAGCCGGUAACACAACCACGGUCAACGUGGUCAUCUGCACCGUGGACUACCUGCUGAGGCUGCAGGAGUCUAUUAUGGACUUCUACUGGCAUUAUUCUAGCAAGGAACUCAUAGACCCAGCGGGCAAAGCCAACUUCUUCAAGGCGAUCGGCGUUGCGUCACAAGUAUUCAACACGCUCACUGAAGUCAUCCAGGGACCGUGUACCCAGAAUCAACAGGCUUUGGCACAUUCCAGAUUGUGGGACGCGGUAGGCGGUUUCCUCUUUCUCUUCUCCCACAUGCAAGACAAGCUGUCCAAGCACUCCUCACAAGUGGACCUGCUGAAGGAACUGCUUAACCUACAGAAGGACAUGAUCACAAUGAUGCUGUCUAUGCUGGAAGGAAACGUCGUCAACGGCACGAUCGGAAAACAAAUGGUGGACACCCUCGUAGAGUCUGCUUCUAACGUGGAGCUAAUCCUGAAAUACUUCGACAUGUUCCUGAAGCUCAAAGACCUGACGUCUAGUGCCAGCUUCCAGGAGAUUGACGCCAACAACGAUGGUUGGGUCCUGCCUAAGGACUUUAAGGAGAAGAUGGAACAGCAGAAGAGUUAUACGCC